GCGAAUGGGAGGGACCAGAAGUCUUCGCAGCUUUGUCACUGCCUCGAGCAUGUUAUCUGCUGGAAUUGGUGUGAUCUCUCCCAUACCCGUCCGGCGUUCUAUCUCCUCUGCUAAAGGGAAAGAGAAGAUGAUAGCCGAUCGUGAUUCGGCGGAGCAAACCCGCAAAAAGCGCAAAGGAAAUGAUGGCGAUCACCUGAUCCCGAUCGACCAUGUGGUUGACUUGACCGGGCCGGAGGUUGAGCCCAAAAGAUCAGUGCCUGCCAACAAACAAACUCCGGUUCUUACUGCCACACCGAUCGAUGAUCGGAUGUUUGUUGAGUUCUCAAAUAUGGGGCCCAGAUCGGAAGGGAGGUAUCUAUUCGGGUUGAUGCCAUCUUCUAUGUGGUGUCAUACUGCGAUCAAAGUUCCCCCGAGCUUCACUAACUUGACUCACUGGUCGGACCUUUUCGAAGCAGGUCACCAGGAAGCACUCAAGGUACAUUUCAGUCCGACCCAUACCUUUCUAUUACUCAUGCUUUACCUUUUCUGACUUUCAUUGUAACCUUGUUUUCAGGCUGGCGUGUACUAUCACAAAGCCUUUCUUGCUGCUGAGAAGGAGAUGAAAGCCCUGGCCAAUGAUCGGGAUGACGGCCAGGUCCUUCUUUCCGCCGCUCGGAAGUUAGCGACCGACCUCCAGGAGCAGGCCAAAGAGGGUGAGAAGGCAAAAGCUGCCCUGGCCGAGAUGCAGGAGACGUCCCGUCGUCGCGACCGGGAGCUCAAAGAACUCCGGGCCAAGGUGCGGGCUGCUGAAUCUGCUGGCAUUAAAUUUGAUAAGGC